AUGGAAACAAAACCAGGCAAAAGCAAAAAUAAUAGUUAUUUCGUUGCCUUAAUAGUCAUAAUUUUUUCGCUCGCCUUUGCCAUUUUUGCUUUUAGACAAAAAGACCAAUCAAAAAAAUUUGAGGAAAGAGAAUAUUAUAACGACAGAAGGAGAAAUAUUCCUCCUAACGAUAAUAGAAAUAAUGAAAAUCAACAAUUUUUUCACCAAAAAGGAAGAGGAGUAGUAAAUACUUUGGCGGUUUCUGGUAAAAAGGGUUCUUGUAGCGAAUUAGUUAUCAUUUUAAAGGAAUCUCCUUAUGUCAAAGCCGAUAUUCUAAAUUAUAAAAUUGAUGGUUUAAGUUCAAUGAAAAUUAAACAAAGCCGAGAAUUUGCUGACACCGAGGAUAGUAAUCGUGCGGUUAUCAACAAUGCCGAAAAUAUUUCCGGUCCUUCGGCUGGCUCCGGAGUUUAUUUGGCUCUUCUUAGUGCUUUCUAUUCCGAUUGUGCUAUCCCAAAAAAUUUGGCUAUUACCGGUGAAUUUAAAGUUGAAGGAGAGGAAAUUCCGACUAAAAUUAAAUCCUUCCCCAAAAAAUACCAAUGA